UUAAGUACCAUAUACUGUUUAUAAGCCAUAGUUUCAUGUUCUUUUAUUGGUAGUUGUCAGGUUAACAUGGUUUUUGCUGGAGUUGACUUCAUAAGCUUGUUGAAUGUGAAUACAAAUAAUGUUUUUUUUUUUUUUUUUUUCAAAAUUAUAUUUGUUUUUAAUGUUAAAAUCCCAGAGGACCUAAAUAAAUGUUUUGCAUUGGGAACCUAACUCUAUAUAUAAUCUCUGGACUUCCAGUUUCCAUCUUGAGAGUUCAAGUUACCUAAGUCUAGUAUCUCUGAAACUCUAGUCUCUCCAUUAGAAACAAACUGAUAAAGUGUUUCUUUUUCCUUUUAGACAUUAUCUCGAAGAGUGUAGGAUAACGAUGGCAAUUCCGGGCAGUGAAGGGUCAGAUCUUCCAGUCAGAUCGAACGAGAUGAAGAAUGGGGUUCAUCCAAGGUGUCGUUCCAAAGAUUUGUCGAGGAACAACUCGUUUGAAGUCUACUAUGGAGGUGCACCAGUUGGCGUUCCUUUCAGGUGGGAAUCUUGCCCGGGGACCCCGAGAAUCAAGUCUAGGGAAUCUCGGCUUCCUCCCCUCACGCCCCCACCUUCGUUCAUGUCAAGUCCUGCGAGGAAAGACGGUGCGAAAAAGCAAAGAAAGGUUAACCUUUUACACAGCCUUCUCCCCAAACUCACCGUCAAGAAAAGCCAUCUGCAGCUCCAGUCACCGCCAGCUUCAUCAUCAUCGCCAUCGUCUUCCUCAUCAUCAUCAUCGUCUCCCUGGUCUCGUUCAUCACAUUCUGCUAGAUUUCCCAACACGAGGCCAUCACCCGAUGAUGAUGAUGAUGGUAACUAUGAAUCGUCUGUUUCAAGUCCAUGUUUUUGCAUUGGUCGAACUCCAAAAGCUAGAUCCCGCGGAUUGUCAUCAAAUAUGCUCAAGCUUUUGUUCAGAGAAUUUGCAUGAAUUUACAUGGUGCCACCAUGUUUACUCGAUCUCUUAGUCUUAAUUUUGCCAACAUCUGUAUGAUCAUGAAACAUAGAAAAAAAUUUGCAGUAUAAUUACAGCCCCCUGGUUGCUCAAUUUCCAGUUUCAUGUUGUAAUAACUCAUAGUUGUAUUUCAUAAAUAAUAGAAGAAAAAACCAUUGUUACAUCAAAUA